AUGUAUCAUUACGAGAGUGAGGGAGUCCCUCCUAAUGUGACUAACUCCAACUCGUUGGGGUCUGACCCUUCGUACAAGGAGGAUAACGAGUUCUUGAAGGAUAACGGUAGUGAAAACCCUGAGUUUAUCAAGGAGAUCCCAAAGAAGCCGGCCUCCGCUUACGUCACGGUUUCGUUGCUGUGUCUGAUGGUCGCCUUUGGUGGUUACAUCUUUGGUUGGGAUACCGGUACGAUUUCUGGGUUUAUCCAACAGACUGACUUUAUAAGAAGGUUUGGGCAGCAGCGUUCCGAUGGGACUUACUACUUGUCCAAAGUCCGUACAGGGUUGAUCGUGGGUAUCUUCAGUAUCGGAUGUGCCAUUGGUGGGAUCGCCUUUUCUAAAAUAGGUGACCAGGUUGGUCGUAGACUGGCCCUUGUGUUUGUUACAGCGGUGUACAUGGUCGGGUUGGUCAUAUCGAUUGCAUCGAUCAAUAAAUGGUACCAGUAUUUCAUCGGUAGAAUUAUUUCUGGCUUGGGUGUCGGUGGGAUAGCCGUUUACUCGCCCCUACUAAUUUCAGAAGUCUCUCCCAAACAUGUCAGAGGUACACUGGUUUCCUGCUACCAGUUGAUGAUCACAUUGGGGAUCUUCUUGGGUUACUGUACCAACUACGGUACGAAAAACUACGACAACUCUGUACAAUGGAGAGUCCCAUUGGGGCUGGGGUUUGCGUGGGCUUUGUUCAUGAUCGCAGCAAUGUUUUUUGUUCCGGAAUCUCCACGGUACUUGAUUGAAAAGGGAAGAAUGGAGGAUGCGAAAAGAUCUGUGUCUCAAUCUAACAAAGUUUCCGUCGAUGACCCAGCAGUAGUGUCUGAAGUCGAACUGCUACAUGCAGGGAUUGAGUUGGAGAGAGCAGCAGGAUCCGCCACUUGGGAUGAAUUGUUCUCCACGAAGGGUAAAGUUCUUCAACGGUUGAUCAUGGGUGUCAUUAUCCAGUCUUUGCAACAGCUAACGGGUGCAAACUACUUCUUCUACUACGGUACCACCAUUUUCAAGUCUGUAGGGUUGGAAGAUUCUUUCCAAACCUCGAUUAUUAUCGGUGUUGUCAAUUUCGCUUCCACUUUCUUCGGGAUAUACUUUGUGGAGAGAUUUGGGCGUCGGAGAUGUCUAUUGUGGGGUGCUGCGACAAUGGUUGCAUGCUUCGUGGUGUACGCAUCCGUCGGUGUCACGAGACUGUAUCCAAAUGGUAUGGAUCAACCAUCUUCCAAGGGUGCUGGUAACUGUAUGAUCGUCUUCACUUGUUUCUUUAUCUUCUGCUUCGCCACCACUUGGGCUCCAAUUGCUUACGUCAUCGUUGCCGAGACUUUCCCAUUGAGAAUUAAGGCCAAGGGUAUGUCCAUCUCCGUGGCUGCCAACUGGAUUUGGAACUUUUUGCUAGGGUUCUUCACUCCGUUUAUUACCGGGGCUAUCAACUUCUAUUACGGGUACGUCUUUAUGGGAUGUUUGGUUUUUGCCUUCUUCUAUGUGUUUUUCUUUGUUCCAGAGACUAAAGGGUUGACUCUUGAAGAAGUUAACACAAUGUGGGAGGAAAACGUUCUUCCAUGGAAGUCACCCUCUUGGGUCCCACCAUCAAGAAGAGGAGCAGAUUACGAUGUCGCUGCUAUGUCUAGUGAUACUAGACCAUGGUACAAGAAGAUGAGUUCUUAA